CUGGGCGGGGCUCGGAGUUUGCCCAGAAUACUUUAGCGCUGAACCCGGCAGCUUUCUCUCAGAAGAACCCGCUCUUGACCGAGGUGGAGCAGUCACGCUGGUUGUGGUUGCCGAGCCUGUGUGGAGCGGGGCGCCUGUCGGACGAUUAGAAGACACAAGCAAAGUCGGGACAUCUCCAGUUACAGAAGAUGCUGCAGCUGUGCGACUCCGAGUGUGACGGCCUAAGUGCACUGAUGGAGUGUGGUGGUGAUGUGAACUCCCCCGGCGACACAAUGGGACAGUCCCCUGCACAUCUAGCAGCAGGUGGAGGACAGGCUUUUUUCCUGCUUUGGCAGCUGCAAAAUGGAGUCAAUGUAAAUCAGCAGGACUGCUUUGGAGAAGCUCUUAUUCAUAAAGCUGCUCGCUCCGGAAGCAUGGAGUGUCUCAGCCUGCUGGUCGCUAGCGAUGCCAGAAUAGAUAUGUGUAACAAAGACGGGCAUACGGCAGAAGAAGUGGCUUUGUUCGGUGGGUUUUUAGAUUGUGCAAGGUAUCUAGCUACAGUGAAGCUUACGCAAGACACAUUUUCCAGAGCGCAGUCAUCGCUGAAUGAUCUGAAGGAGACGGCCGCUGGAGUCAAAAGAGGGCAAUGUUAUCAGUCAAUUUCUCAUGGAAAGAGGCGGCGCUCUGAUGGUUUUGUCUAGUCACAUUAAUUGGAGUUGAUCAGCCCCUUCUAUCGGCAAUGAUUCUUCUCCAGUCACAUGAUGGCUUACAUUAAGCUGGACAAUGGCCUUUCUUGUGGAAAGAACAUGUAUAUAGUAAAAGCAUUGCUUAUAUAAGAUAUUUUUUUUUAUUUUAAUAAAUCUCUUUUGCUAA